AUGGCUUUAAAUAUUCCGAUCGAUUUGAACGAACCUCCUUACGACGUAGAAGAUGCAACACCGAGACCUUUAGAGAACAUUAUAAUCGAGCUAAAUGUCGACGACAGCCCGAAAAUUAGAUACCCUGUUAUCGAGUUUGACUUAGAUCAGUUUUUCAAAGAUGAUGACGAAGUAAGGUCCGAUUCAUCUAGAUUUUCAAUGAAUUUGACGGUAGAAAUGGUGAAGCAGGGGAAACAAGCCAAGAAUAGGAUCCUAACUGACGUUGAAAGGUGGACAAUUUACCAUGCUUUGUUGGAGAAAAGUGUAAAUGGUAAAUUGAAAAAGAACACAACAAAAGAAGUGAAUGAUUUUUUCAAUAUUGAGCUCCGAAAAGUUCAAAGAAUAUGGAAAAUUCACAAGAGAACUUCACCGGGCUCGGAUGUGGAUGUUUCGUCGAGGAAGGCACGGAACUGUGGUCGUCAACGAAUUGAGGCAGAUUUUAGCGUUCUACGUCGUCACUCAAGUGCUAUCAAGCCACAUUUGAAAGACGAAAAUAAAUCGCAGCUAGAAUUUUGUUUAUCAAUGCUUGAUGAAAGCGCAAUGUUGAACGAGCCAAAGUUCAAGGGAAUGUAUAACUAUGUGCAUAUCCACGAAAAAUGGUUUUACUUGACAAAGAAGGAGCAAACGUAUUACCUACUCGACAAUGAAGAAGAUCCUCAUCGUUCAUGCCAAAGUAAAAAUAACAUUGCAAAAGUUGUGUUUCUAGCAGCCACUGCUCAUCCUAGAUUUGAUGGUGAAGGAAGGGUGAGAAAUAGUAGGAACAAACAAGCUGGCACAAUGGAGAUGAAAGCGAUCACAUAUGUUAAAAGAGACAAUGUGAAAGCGUUCUUGAUUGAAAAGGUUAUCCCAUCUAUUAUUGAAAAAUGGCCUAGCUCUGAUUAUGGAGAAACUAUUGAUGUCCAACAGGACAAUGCUAGGACGUUCUUCCUAAUGACCCUGAUUUUGUAG